AUGGCAUCGGCAGCCGCAGCAGCAAUCCUACCCAUAACAGAGACUGCAGCCACCAGGAUGACAGCAGGAGCAGCAGGCAAAAUCGUGCGAUGGACCAAGAACUCUUUGGCGAGGAAUAAACAAGCCAUGAUAGACCCGAGCAAUUUUUCUCGAGUUUUGGCCCCUCCAGUUUUGGAUCUGGCCAGAGAUGUAUCAUUGCGAUUGCAGGAUCAACGAUCUCAGGUAGAAAAGCUACAAGAUUAUGUGACCAAGAGUCUAGAGGGUGGCAGUCUGGGAAGCGUUUCUCAGGAAAAUAUAGAUCCCAAUGUGGGAAAUGGCAAUCCAACAGCGGAAAAGAACAAAAAAAUCAUUGCCACUUCUUCGCAACCGUACUGGUGGAAUCAGUUGCAAAAGGAAGAGAAGACAAUGAUGACAAGCGAAGAACGGCAAAAGCGUCGACAAGCACUGGAAAAGGCCCGUCAAAAUUUGCACAAUCUCAACAAGUUGCAUGAGAACACACAGGAAAUCGCCGAAACGUUUUGGGCCCACUUGGAAACCAACAAGACGGAAAAUCCCGUAUUGGAUAAGCGAGAACAAAAAUGGCUCAAGGCAACCUUUCGGCAGAUUCGAGAUCGGCAUGCCUUGACUGUGGAGGAUCUGGCCGAGUUUGCCAUUACGACAAGACCCUA